UUUUUUUUUUUUUUUUUAGGCAAUAACAAUAUUACAUUUGAAGACGACAAUGAUUGUUAUUGUAUUGAUGUAUUAGAUAAAGCGGAAUAUAAUGGAUUAUGCAAAAGUAUUAUAUAUUUAUAUAAUAUCAUAAAUAUAUAUUGAUUUUAUUUAUUUUUUUUUUAGCUGAUAAUGAUGAAAUGAUUGAAAUAGCCCCAAAUAUUUUAGUCGAGAAUAAACAAGCUGAAUGUUCAAAACAAAGUACAUAUACAUAUAUAAUAUGAAUAGAUCUUUUUUUUUUUUUUAUAAAACUUAUAAAUUAUUUAGGUAAACGUGUACAUAACGAAAAUUCAAAUGGAGUCGCUAAAAAGAAACGUAUGGAAACGAUUACAUCAUCGACAUUUGUUGAAACAAAGUCAGCGUUUGACGGAUUGUGCAAAGAAUAUUUUAAAAAAAACCCUGAUUGUAUUAAAAAAGUUAGAGAUUUUUUAGACAAUUCAAAGCCAGAGAUAUAUGCUAUACUAAUCAAUUCAAUUAAAAACUCUCCUGUAAAGUAUAAUAUUAAAUUAGAGGCCACAUAUAUUAUACCUAAUACAGAUACGAAAGAAAAUAGAGCAUUUAAAACAAGAUCAAGAUCAUUAUUUCAAUCAGACGAUGUCAACAAUGUUUUAGAAUCAGAUUUUAUUGAGAUCUUACAAGAACAAGAAGAUAUGGAACUUAAGGGCAGUGGCUUUUCAUUAGAGAGUAUAGACGGUAUUAUAUUAAACGUAAAUGUAUAUAAACCAUUAGGAGGUUCGUCUUAUAUACCACUUCCGGCAUUUAUAGAGAGGAAAAAGGCAACAAUUAACGUUUUAAACUUUGACGAAAAAUGCUUUAAAUAUAGCAUUUUAGCCAAACUAGUAAAUCCUGUUCAUGCUGAAAGAAUAGGAUCUAAUUAUGUUGAAGUAGAGAACAGGUAUAAUUUUAAAAAUGUAAAUUUCCCGGCUUCAUUAAACGAUGUUGUAAAAUUUGAAAAAACAAAUAAAGUUUCAGUUAAUAUAUAUAGUUUAAAAAACGGAGAGCUCAAAUAUAAAAAUAACGUAAAAAAAAAAAAUUCAAAAAGAAUAAAUUAUACCACAACAAAACCUGAACAAACUAUAGUUUAUCCAGUAAAAGUAUGCGAGGAAGAACUUGAUGAUCAUCAUGAUUUAUUAUUAUUUGGCGAUGGGACGGGAAAACAGCAUUAUUGUCGUAUAACAAAUUUAGCAAAGUUAAUCGGAGCGCAACUAACAAAAAACGGACACGCUAUGUCAUUAUGUAAACGGUGUUUUAAGACCUACUUUGGUGUUAACCGUUGCGGGGUUACCGCAGAACAACGCCUUAAUAACCACAAAUUAAAUUGUAAUAAAAAUAAGCCACUAAUACCAUUAUUACCACGUCCUAAUACGUACAUGAAGUUUGAAAAUUGGGAACGUACACGCAAACAUCCAUUUUCAAUUUAUGCAGACUUUGAAUCAAUAUUAGAAAAAAAUAGUAAUAAUGAUUCAAAUAAUACAAACAUUAUUCACCAUCAUGAUGUCAUGAGUUAUUGCUAUUAUGUCAAGCCGAGUGAUGAUAUACCAAAAGAAUUGUUAGACAAAUAUGAUAUAGAGAUGGGACCAGUUGUGUUCAGAGGAGAUUCGAGUUUUAACAGAGGUGAUGUUGCAAAGAAAUUUAUGGAAGAAAUUGUUAAAGUUGCCCUUAAAAUAGAAAAAAUAUUUAACGUCAAUGUGCCGAUUGUAAUGACUGAUGAAAAUAAAAAAAAUCAUCAAAAUGUCGUCGCUCAAGGAUCAUGUCCAUUAUGUAAAUCGAAAUUUAUCAAAACUCAAAAUAAUGCUGUUAAAGAUCAUGAUCAUUUGACUGGAAAGUACAGAGGGACUGUAUGCAGUAAAUGUAAUUUAUUAAUGGAAAAGCCUAGUUUCGUUCCGGUUAUGAUUCACAUUUUAUUGUCACGCAGCUAG